AUGUAUACCAAUUAUUCACUUGCGAGCAACGACACAAUGUCCCGAGCUUACCUGGUUGGCACAGCCUCACCCAAAAGGUCCAAAAAAAAGCACCAGCUAGCAAAGUGCAGUAAAUCACCGAAAAGAGUGGUCCAUCUCAUAAACACUGAUAGCAUCUCAGAGCCUGAGUUUAAAAAUGGAUUGCCCGUAGCAGCCUCUAGCGGAGACGGUAGCAUGACUUCAGGUUCACUGAGUUCACAAUGUUCCAACGAUUUCAUCAAGUUGGGGUACGUAAACGCGAAAUUGGAUCCGUCCUUGCCAUCUGAGUGUUUCAAGCAAGAUAUUAUAGACAUCCUUUAUAGUUUAGAGAUUCCUGGAUGGUCUGUUAAUGAUUGUAAAAACUUUUCGUUGGACAGAGAUUUAUUAACUCUGACGAAAAUCAAGGGAGCUCUUACCAACGUCAUUUAUAAAAUUCAUUAUCCGAAUUUGCCCUCUUUACUGCUGAGGAUUUUCGGUGACAACAUAGACUCUGUAAUUGAUAGAGAGUACGAAUUGGAGAUUAUCGCAAGAUUAUCACUGUAUGACUUGGGCCCCAAGUUAGAAGGAUAUUUUCAAAAUGGAAGGUUCGAAAAGUAUAUUGAGGGCUCAAGAACAUCAACCCAAGCUGACUUUAUAGAUCGGAGUACUUCAAUAAAAAUUGCUAAGAAGUUUAAAGAGUUGCAUAGUACCAUUCUUUUAACACCUGAAGAAAGAUCUGAUGAACCAUCAUGCUGGACCACACUUGAUCAAUGGAUUAAUAUGAUAGAUUCACAUAAAGAAUGGAUAACUGACAAAGGAAAUAUAAGUGAAAAUUUGCGCUGUUCAAGCUGGGACUUCCUCGUAAAGAGUUUCAAAAGUUAUAAGAAUUGGUUACAUAACGAUUCGACUUACACAUCAAAGCUAUUGAGAGAAGGUGAUAAAGAUAAUAUGAUAAAUACUGGUCUGAAAAUGGUAUUUUGCCACAACGACUUACAACAUGGUAAUUUGCUUUUUGCCUGUAAGGACGGUAAUGUCUCAGUGGAUGACUUGAUUAUUAUAGAUUUUGAGUACGCUGGCGCUAAUCCCGUUGCAUUCGAUUUAUCCAAUCAUAUGAAUGAAUGGAUGCAUAAUUAUAAUGAUGCUCAGUCGUUCAAAUCUCACACUGACAAGUACCCAAAGGAAGAAGAUAUCCUAACUUUUGCACAAAGUUAUAUAAACCACAUGAAUGAGAAUCGUGUGGAAAUUAAUUCACAAGAAGUCAAGAACCUCUAUAAUCUGAUCAUAGAGUGGAGGCCUUGUGCACAAUUAUAUUGGUGUCUUUGGGCUCUUUUGCAAAGCGGAAAGCUUCCUCAACAACGACUGAUAGAAGAUAGAAGAAUAAAGGGACCACGCGGUGAUACAAAUAUUGCUACAUGUAAGAAUAGCAAAAGUAAAAAAAACGAAGAUGACUCGUUCAACUAUUUAGGGUUUUGUAAAGAAAAGAUGUCUGUUUUUUGGGGGGAUUUGAUUACAAUGGGAAUCAUUGACAAAGACUGCUUAGAUGUAGGAGAAACAGACUACCUGGAAACUAAAUUUCUUUCAUAA